AUUUCAGGGGCAGCUCCGGUUCCCUCCCCACCCCCUGCUCCUAUUCCUUCUCCUGACCCUUUUUCUCUUGGCUCUGUCGGCAGUUUCUCCAGGACCCAGCAGUGUCCUCUGUCCACUGCGCUGGGUUGUCCCCCACCCCACCCCCAUCUUGAGCCCCUUACCUCAGGAUUCAGGACUCAGAGGCCCCUCCCCACCCCAACUAACCUCCUCUGGACCAGGAGAGCUUACCCAGAGCCCACUACUUCCAUGAGCACCACAGACAGGAUGGGGGCCAGAGUGGUGCCGUGUCUGCGGCUGGCACUGCUGCUACUGCUGGUGCUAGGGACACCCCAGUCUGGGGUGCAGGGGGAGGAUGGGCUGGACUUCCCUGAGUAUGAUGGUGUGGACCGUGUGGUCAAUGUUAAUGCAAAGAACUACAAGAACAUUUUUAAGAAGUAUGAGGUGCUGGCGCUGCUAUAUCACGAACCCCCUGAGGACGACAAGGCCUCACAAAGGCAGUUUGAGAUGGAGGAGCUGAUCCUAGAGUUAGCAGCCCAAGUACUAGAAGACAAGGGUGUUGGCUUCGGGCUGGUGGACUCUGAGAAGGACGCAGCUGUGGCCAAGAAACUAGGAUUAACUGAACUGGACAGCGUUUAUGUAUUCAAGGGAGAUGAAGUCAUUGAGUAUGAUGGCGAGUUUUCUGCUGACACCCUGGUGGAGUUUCUGCUUGAUGUCCUAGAGGACCCUGUGGAGUUGAUUGAGGGAGAACGAGAGCUGCAGGCCUUUGAGAAUAUCGAAGAUGAGAUCAAACUCAUUGGCUACUUCAAGAACAAAGACUCAGAACAUUUCAAAGCCUAUGAGGAUGCAGCUGAGGAGUUCCAUCCCUACAUCCCCUUCUUCGCCACCUUCGACAGCAAGGUGGCAAAGAAGCUGACCCUGAAGAUGAACGAGAUCGAUUUCUAUGAGGCCUUCAUGGAAGAGCCUGUGACCAUCCCAGACAAGCCCAAUAGUGAAGAGGAGAUUGUCCGUUUCGUGGAGGAGCACAGGAGAUCAACCCUGAGGAAACUGAAGCCUGAGAGUAUGUAUGAGACCUGGGAGGACGAUAUGGAUGGAAUCCACAUUGUUGCCUUUGCAGAGGAAGCUGAUCCUGACGGCUAUGAGUUCUUAGAGAUUCUCAAGUCUGUGGCCCAAGAUAACACUGACAACCCUGAUCUUAGCAUCAUCUGGAUUGACCCUGAUGACUUCCCCCUGCUGGUCCCAUACUGGGAGAAGACAUUUGACAUCGACUUGUCGGCCCCACAAAUAGGAGUCGUCAACGUUACAGACGCGGACAGCAUAUGGAUGGAGAUGGACAAUGAGGAGGACCUGCCUUCAGCCGAGGAACUGGAGGACUGGCUGGAAGAUGUUUUGGAGGGCGAGAUCAACACAGAGGAUGAUGACGAUGAUGAUGAUGACGGUGACUAGUUGCCAUGGCAACCAUCUUCCAGUCCCACCUCCUCAUGCUCCCUCCUGCCUUCUCUAUCCUUCCCUGAGCUCCUCUGGGGACACUAGGGCAUUCUCUGUCACAGGGCCCAUUAGGGUCUAUAUGCAGUGCUGAGACCCAGGUACCCCUCAUCUGAUAAGGAAAGGAGCUACUUUUCCAUAGACAUCAGCCAAGCCCUCUUAUCUGACUUGUAUUUCUUGUCUCCUAAUUUACCAGUGUCUAUUAUUUGUUUCUUCCAUCACUCUCUGCACUCUUUCUCCUGAUUCUCUUCUUGCCAUAUCUACAGGUCCCCUUCUCUCCUAUUCCCUCCACCUAUGCAACCCGUCCCCCACUCUCUCAAAUCCUAUAUCCUGACCGUCUAAUCCCUGGCCAGGAGGAAGGGAGGGUACUGUAUUUGGAGCUGUAUCACAGCAAUCUCUUGUUAAUGUAUUUGGGUCAAAUGAGAGGCCUCAAUAAAGAGAUCUGGGGCAGCAUGA